UUUCUUCCAUCACUCACACUGUAACUGAAGAAUCAAUUCAUUUUCAGUUUCAGACAAUAAACCCUAAAUCCAGAAAUCAGAGAGGAUGCAGGAGAAGAAAGUGGAAAAUCCAGCCAACAAGACCCCUAAGAAGGCCAAUCUACUCGAUCACAAUUCCAUCAAACACCUCCUCGAUGAAUCCGUCACUGAGAUCGUGACGAGCAAAGGCUAUCCCGAAGAUGUGAGGAUGAGUAACAUUCGGUUGCUGAUUGGGGCGAUCAUCAUUGUUAUUGCCGUCUUCGCCCAGUUUUACAACAAGAAGUUCCCCGAGAACCAGAACUUCCUCAUCGGUUGCAUCGUUUUGUAUGUUUUGUUCAAUGGGAUAUUGCAACUGAUUAUAAACCUGAAGCAAAAGAAUGCAAUUCUAUUCACCUAUCCUCCACCUGAUUCUUUCAACUCUACCGGGUUAGUAGUAACUUCUAAGAUGCCAAGAUUCUCGGACAUGUAUACACUCACAAUAGCCAGCGCAGACCCCCAGUCGAUAUCUGCAAAGCCACCAGUUGAAUUCACCAAAAGCGUGACUAAGUGGUUCACCAAGGAUGGAGUCUUGGUAGAGGGCCUUUUCUGGAAGGACGUCGAAGGUCUGGUAAAUGAUUAUGCCAAAGAAUCUAAAAAGAGCAAAUAAAUUUCAACUUGUAGCAUAUACCAAUGGAUCUUGUUGCUAGAUAUAUGAGGACUAGUUUAAUUGACAGUGAUUGAAAGUGAGAGCUCUCUCUCUUGAAUGGAUUUUGCAUUAUUACUAUGCUGAUCAAAGGGGUAGGAUUGCUGAUAUAACUCUGAUUGAAUUGUUACAAGUGAAAAUACUUAAACUCUA